GAUGGAUCUACCGGAAGACUUAUCAUGCCCCCAAUGUAAAAAUCUUCUUUCGCACCCUAUGCAACUGCGAUACCAACCUUCUCCUAAAAGUUCCCUGAUUGUUAGUAUAAAAUUAACUUUACUUAACGAUAAUGAUCCAUUGCUGAGAGAAAGAGUCAAAACUGCAGAUAUUACUUGUCCAAAGUGUUUGGAUCAAUCAACAAUAAAUUAUAAACCGAAUUCUCAGGAAAAGUUCUAUGAUCAGCCAACUCUUACCCGAAAUAACGAAUUAGAAUCAGUCAUUAAGACUUUUGAAGACGCCCAAAGGAAAUUUUCACUAUCAUACAAAGAGCUCAAUGACGAUUUUUGCAAAUUUCAUCAAAUGGAGAGAAUGAAAUUAGUUCUCUACUGUACCGUUUGUAAGGAAGAUAUAUGUCAUCGGUGUGCAAUAGACGGACACCAUUCUCAUACCGUUAUAAGUUUAUAUCUAAAAAAUGUUUAUGAAACUAAUUUUUGCCAAAUUCAACCAGUGAAAAAUAAUAUAAAAACUUUUAAGGAAAGUCUUACAGAGAAAAUGAUAAGAGCCGAAUCUAUAAAGAAGAGAGAGCAUAUCGAAUUCACUAAUUACUUGACUAAUGUCGAAUUAGAAUUUCAAAGUUUGAUAAAGUGUUUAAAAGCGAAGCAUCUAGAGAUUUUAUCGCGUCUAAAAAAUGAAAGACAAGUUAAAUUCCUACAAAAUUCAAACGCUGUGAGCUGCUUUCGUUCAAAAAUUGAUGAACUUGCAAAAGUUGAAGAGGACUUGGAGAAACUUGAGAAUGGAGCAACUCAUGUCAAUUUAAAGAGUACUUUAGAACUCGGAGAAAAAGCUUUACUUGAUUGGAAUUCUCCUGAUAUUUCGGAUUCAAAAGUAUCUAAACAUUUAGUUGAAGCUUUACAAACCAUUGGCGAUAUGAUAGAAAACUUAACUUUUGGAGAUGAAGACAUUAAUCAUAAUACUCCCUUGGAAAAUCCGUCACCAGUUCAAGCUCGGUCCGGUAGAAAACGUCGUAGUUGUUCCAGAGCGCUAGAAAUGAACUCAAAUGUAUGUUCAUCCUCAUUCGACAAAUAA